AUGGCUCCAGUGAAACGUCAGCGGGCGGCUUUGGACGCUGCAUCCUCCAUCAAUGAUGAUGGUAUUGAUUCGAGAAAACGGCGUCGCACCUCGGCAAGCGUAUCGUCAGAGAAUACCGAACAAAGUGAGGUUCUGGGCGUCGAUCUAACUAGGCAAUCCGUCGGGUUGGAGCUUGAUGAUGAAGACGAGCUAGAGCUGCAGGCAACUCAGAUAAUUCAAGAAAAAUAUUCCUCCUGCGGCGAUGAACCAAAUGUACCAGCAGAUCAUGGCAUUAUUGAGCGGGUGGAUUGCUAUAAUUUUAUGUGCCAUGAACACUUCUCCGUCGAACUUGGACCGCUUAUCAAUUUCAUUGUCGGCAAAAAUGGCAGUGGUAAAAGUGCAAUUCUUACGGCUAUUACCUUGUGUUUGGGAGGCAAGGCAUCUGCCACGAAUCGAGGGCAAAGUUUGAAGAGUUUCAUCAAAGAGGGAAAAGAAUCUGCUACCAUAAUUGUACGGAUAAAAAACCAGGGUGAUGGUGCCUACAUGCCCGAAGAGUAUGGCAAGUCUAUAAUUGUGGAACGCCUUUUCUCGAGGAACGGCACCAGUGGCUUCAAAAUCAAAAACGAGGCUGGGCGCAUAGUAUCAACAAAAAAGACUGAAUUGGACGCCAUCACGGAUUUCUUCUCACUGCAGAUCGAUAAUCCUAUGAACGUUCUUUCCCAGGACAUGGCCCGUCAAUUUUUAAGCACCUCCAGCCCUGCUGAAAAAUACAAAUUUUUCGUGAAAGGCGUUCAGCUCGAACAACUUGACCAUGAUUAUCGCCUGAUCGAAGAAUCGAUUGAUCAGAUCGAACAAAAGCUUAGAAAUCGGAAGGAUGAUGUCAAAAUUUUAGAAAAUCAGAAAGAGCGGGCAAACAGACGAUUAGAAAUUUCUGAUCAGCAUGCUUCUCUUAGAGAACGGAUCAGAAAUUUGCGGAGGCAGAUGGCCUGGGCUCAAGUUGAAGAGCAAGAAAGAAUCCGCGACUCUUUGGACAACGAGAUUGCCAAAGCCGAUGAAAUGAUUGCUGCGGCCGAAGCGGAGGUCGCGAGACUUGAUAUUGCUUUUCAAGAAGCUGAGCGGGAGUUUGAAGUUGCUGCCCAGGUUUUAAGCGGAACAAUUGCCGAUCUCGAGAGGGCACAGGAUGAAAAAAAAGAAAUAAAAUCUCGAAUAGAUGAGGAAAUGAAUGAGCGUCAUGAUAUGCAGGCUCAGCAACGGUCGAUACGCGAACAUGUCAAGGCAGCUGAAUCACGGAUUAAGGAUAUUGAGCGAGACAUCGCUCAAGAGAGCCAGCGUCUGGCAGAUGUAAACGGUGGAAGCUAUGUUCGAAGGCAGGAGGAACUUGAACAGAAGAAGUCUGAAGCAGUUCGGGCUCGACAACGCUAUGAAGAGCACCUGCAAGAUGCGCACCGCCUUCGGGAGGAUAUUCGAAAAGCGGAAGAAGAAGUAAAACGGAAUAGUGCACCUAUUGCCAAGCAGAAGGCGGACAUUGAGCAGGCCGAAGCACUACUCAAAAGCCUCAUGAAGGAUCGUGGCUCACAGGAUGCGGGUUUCCAUGAAAAAAUGCCAAUGCUCUUAAGAGCAAUCCGUCAGGAGACAUCCUUUAGUCGGCCUCCUGUUGGCCCGAUAGGCCACCAUGUAAGGCUGUUGAAGCCAAAAUGGUCUGCAAUCCUGGAGAACGCGUUCGGCACGACCCUGAGCAGUUUCAUUGUUACUUCCAAACGGGACAUGAAUAUUCUGUCCGACAUCAUGCAAAGGGUCAACUGCGUUUGCCCUAUAUUUAUCGGGAACGAAGGAAAGAUUGAGACUGCCGAACAUGAACCAGACUCACGUUUUGAUACUGCCUUGAGAGUUCUUGAGAUCGACAAUGACUUAGUCCGUCGGCAGUUAAUUAUCAAUCAUGGUAUAGAACAAAUGCUUCUUAUCGAAGACUUGGAGGAGGCUUCGGCUGUCCUUUUUGAGGACCCGCGCCCAAAAAAUGUGAAGCGGUGUUAUAGCAUCGACAAAGCGGAUCGGCGGCGAGGCAUUCACCUGUCUUACAGUCGAACCGGGGAGCCUAGUCAGACUCCUGUACCUGCUUAUACGGGCAGACCCCGCAUGAGAACCGACAUAGAUUCCCAAAUCAGACUCCAACGUGAGACGAUUGCGGUACUCAAAGACACAAUGAAUGAAAUGGAGCAGAGGCUAGCUGCGUCGCAGUCCAAAUUGGAACGUUGCAAACAAGCACUUUCCAGGCAUCAAAGGCAAGAAAAUGAGCUGCAAAUUGCACUCCAGAGGAUCGAGGACCAAGUGGAAGAGCUCAGUGACGCCUUGGACAGGGACAGUGUAGCAGACGGGCGUUUGGAGGCACUCAAAGCUGCUCUCCGAGAGGCCGAGGAAGAAAAGCGUCUUAACCAAAGUUCAUAUGAUGACAGUGUCGCCGCUAUGAAUGACAUUAUGGAAAAAUUGAAAGCUUCCAGGCGUGAACUGCGUGCAAAAGACGACGAGAUUGCUGCUCUUGAAGAGAAAGUCAAGAUUGCUGAACAUGAAAACGAGAAAGUUCUAGGUCAGCGAAGGAAGGCUCUUGGUGAUAAGAAUGCUGCGGUUGUGCGAGUCGAUGAUCUCAAGCAGGACAAAGCCAGGAUCGUCAAUAAACGAGAACAAAUCAUUACUCGCAUACUUGACUACAGUGAGAAAGCCAGCCUGGUGUCUCCCAGAGUCACCGUCGAUGAGGGUGAAACUCCGAAUAGCCUUGACCAGAAGCUUGACAGACUUAAUAAGGACCUGCAACGCUUUAACGAACAGAUGGGCGCUUCAAGAGAAGAAAUUGCAGCGGAGGCAAUGAGAACACACAAUGCCUACGAGCGUGCUCAGCAACAAGUUGCGGAACUUGAAGCACUUGCAGAGAUUUUCAAGGCAACUCUGCGCAAUCGGCGCGAUCGAUGGAAACAAUUCAGAGCUCAUAUCUCUUCCCGGGCGAAGGCACAAUUUACAUAUCUUCUCAGUGAAAGAAGUUUCCGCGGCCGUCUUCUGGCUGAUCAUGAAAAUAAACUUUUGGAUCUGCAGGUUGAGCCAGAUAUUACAAAGGAUAGCACCGGCCGUGGUGCAAAGACUUUGUCUGGCGGGGAAAAGUCGUUUUCACAAGUCUGCCUUCUGCUAUCGCUCUGGGAAGCUAUGGGCUCUCCUAUUCGCUGUCUCGACGAGUUCGACGUGUACAUGGAUUCUGUCAAUCGAAAAAUGGCUAUCGAUAUGCUUCGAGAAGAUCAAUUGGGCGACAAUUCAUCCUCAUUACCCCAGGCUCAAGGGCGGAGAUAA